AUGGAUCUCAACCACGGUCUAUCGCCCGCUCAUAACCCCGGCAACUCAGCUGGUGAAAUGACCGAUGAUCAAAAAAGUAACAUGAAGGUAGCUUCUCAUCAUGCAAGACUGCAUCGGUCAACCGGACAACAAGCGAGCCGUGUCGCCCAAAACAUUGACAAGGGAAAUUCCGGGCCAGUUGAAACCGAGUCUGCCAUCUCCAGCAUCGAACAUCAGACACUGCGUCAACAGAUGAAGAUCAAGCAAAAAGGCCAUGGUCAAUUCAUCUCGAAUUCCACGAAGCACUCUCAGGAGUCCGAAGAGAAUCGCAAUGGAAUCCUGAAUCACUUUCACAGUCAUAGCAACGGCGAGCGUUACAGGAAAGAGCAUGCCACCAGGUCUAAGAAGAUCAAACGUAAGAGAGAUGACACGGAGGAGCAGAGAGAAUCCAUUGCCCGAAGUUUACCAGUGUCCAUUGUCCGACUCUCACCGGGAAUCGUAAUGCAAGAAAGGGAAGAAGGGCCAAAGAAGACGUACUUCAACACACAAGAGACUGCGGAUGCAGCUCGCAUCCGAAGCCUGGAAGCCGAGAACGACCUCCUCAAAUCCGAGAUAAACGAACUUGAGAGAGACUUAGAUAAGACACGGACGGAGCUUCUUGAGGAACUUUCCGAGCUGCGAUCCAAGAACUACGUUAACCCCACCAAGGACGCCGAUUCAGAGAUUGGAAAAGACUGGGAACAUUUGGUCUUCUUGAUUGAACAGUUUGUCAGCAACCACUUUCCCACUAUGCUUCUCUGGGAAGACAUUCAGCGAGCUGGCACCGUCAAGCAGUACUCGCCCAUUAGCAACGUAUGUGCAGAGCCGGAGUCAGUCCUCCAAAGCGGAUACAUAUAUCCAUACCUUGUGGAGAGCAUGGUGUGGCGUUUUGUCAAGAAAGAAGUUUUUGACCCUAAGUCAAAGCUGUGGGCAGGAAAGAUUGGUGAGAAAUUCGAUGAUAUCUGCGGCAAAAUCACAGGAUGCGUCAAGAAAUUUCCCGUCAACGAGACGACAAAAUUCAACACAGCUUUUCAUGAAUGGAGAUCACGAUCUGUGAGCUUCCUUGUUGACCUGGGUUUGGACAGGAAGUCGAGAGAUCAUUCAACUGCCAGGGAAAUGAUGGAAGAGUUACGGCAGUUCAUCUCACCAAAGCCAUCGAGGCGUCGGUUUUCCAAAGAAACUUUGGUAGACGCUGCCGAGAUUAUCAGAAAAGCUGUUGACAUCGACAUUCAGCUCAGAAAGUCAAAAGCUUACUUCCCUAUCAUUUUCUCUGGUGCCGUACAGUCGAAUCAAUCUCGGUUCUUUGGGUUUUCUUUUAAUGCAGGAAUCAUGGGUAAAAUUUCCCUUGGGCUGAGCAGCGAUCAACUGGACCAAACAAGCCCUCCCAUCGUUGACAUGGCGAUAUCACCAGGCUUGAUGAAGCGCGGCAAUGCUGAUGGCACAAACUACGAAUCCACGAAAGUAUUGGCCAAAAUGAGAGUUAUUUGCGACCUAGAUGCCUUCUUCAAUGAUGUCGAUGAUGAGGAAGACGACGAGGAAGUUGACAAUUCAGACGCUUCAGUGCACAUGGCUCCGGAAUAUGCGAAUGAUUCUGAGGGAUCCGAUCUAACGUGCACGGAGAGUCCAUUGGCUCAAAAUGGAGAGCAUGGGAACAAAGAGGAGACAGAGGAGUCGAACAUCAUUGUGGCCGCACAUGCGUUCGCCAAAGCUGAGCUUGAAGAGCAGGAAGGUGGCGCGUGUGAUGUCGCAGAGUCGAAGCCCAACUCGCCGGAUUCAUCUCCAUUGACCGUGAAGGGGGAGGUCGUCAGUGCGGAGAUGGUCUAUCCUCAUGCAGAGAAUGCUGCAGGAAGCUCGGAAGCCAUGGAUCUUGACGGAGGUGCCGAUCUUGCCAAUCAACCACCGGCCCCGAAGGUUGACCACGACGGAGACCUGCAAAUGGAAUCAGUCUAG